AACCAAAAGAUACAUCGGAAGGAAGAUAGAACGAUGGAUUCAUCAUCGUCGAUGGAGAAGCUGAUAAAAGUGCAACAAGAACCGAGCGGAAUCUCUUUCGUAACAAUCAAUCGUCCGAAAUCGUUGAACUCUCUGACAAAAUCGAUGAUGACAGAUCUGGCGAGGGCUUUCAAGAGGUUAGACGGGGACGAUUCAGUGCGGGUGGUUGUGUUAUCAGGAACAGGGAGGGCAUUCUGUUCCGGUGUGGAUCUGACCUCUGCGGAGGACGUGUUUAAGGGAGACGUGAAGGAUGUGGAAACUGAUCCUGUUUGUCAGAUGGAGUUUUGUCGGAAACCUAUCAUCGGUGCGAUCCAGGGUUUCGCAGUCACGGCGGGGUUCGAGAUCGCCCUCGCCUGCGAUAUCUUGAUAGCUACAAAGGGAGCCAAAUUCAUUGAUACUCAUGCCAGGUUUGGGAUAUUUCCUUCAUGGGGCCUUUCUCAGAAGCUGUCACGCAUUAUCGGACCAAACAAAGCUCGCGAAGUUUCUUUGGCGGCCGUGCCUCUAACGGCGGAAGCUGCAGAGAGAUGGGGCUUGGUGAACCAUGUUGUUGAAGAGAAUGAGUUGUUGAAGAAAGCCCGAGAAGUUGCAGAAGCCAUAAUAAGAAAUAAUGGAGACUUAGUAUUGAGGUACAAAUCAGUCAUUAAUGAUGGCUUUAAGCUGGACUUACAUCAUGCUCUUGCGCUAGAGAAGGAGAGGGCUCACAACUAUUAUGAUGCAAUGACGAAGGAACAGUUUGAGAAAAUGCAGAAGUUCAUAGCAGGUCGUAGCUCAAACAAACCACCUUCUAAAAUGUAGGCCUAACAAUUUUUUCUGUUGUAUUAAUGCUGUACAAAUAAAUUUGUUGAACCUCACAAGGGGAUAUAUGUAAGAAGUAAUAUAAAGUAUAAAGUUUUGUUUCAA